CGAAAAAUGGAUUCCCAAGCGCAAGUAUCGGCCACUCGGUAUGCAUCGAUUUUACCGGGUAUCCACACAGUUCCGCAUGAUCGUCUGAACUAACGGAAGGUGAAUAAGUAGGGAUAAAGCAUGGUCGCAAAGAGUGGGAAAUAAUUCGGGCGUCGCGACGGCCGUGGGAGUUGCGCCGCUACUUCCGAGGAAACAGCACCCUGAGGAAUAAUACCUCGUAACGAUUGUUUUAGAUAACGAAGAGGCAGCCUAAUCGAGAUGUCGAGGCCAAUCCUUAGCAGGCCGCGCACGUUUAUCUACGGCAGCAACUACGACAAGGGCGAGUCCUAUUACAAGCCCAUGGUCGACCACCUAGACCGGAAGUACAGCGCGCGGCCGUUGUUCCCGGAGCAGAGAAACUCUCUGGCCGACGAGAUCGCGGCGCGCCGUAGCGACAUCGGCACACGCGACCUCUCCGGUCCCCGCACCGGCUCCCUCGGCCGCGACCUUGACCUCGACCUCGACCCCCGUAACCGCGCCUCCCAACCAUCGUCCCAGCCCGAUUUCCCGCUAACUCCCGAAGACGAGGACACCGUCUACGACAGCCGUGGACAGCGCAUCUCGGCGCGUCGUAGGGUGGGCGAUGACUUCGCGGAGGAGGUAGCGGCGACGACGCGUCGCUUCCGCGCCCGGGUGGCGGCGAUGGGCCUUGAGGAGGAACUCGAAGCUGCGACCUCCGCGAGCCAAGCCAAGAAGAGCGCCAGCGAGCUGCUGGAGAACGCGGUGACCGCUCGGAAGGGCGCCAAGUCGGCGAUCGAGGAGGCCGAGAAGACGUUCAAGAGACGCUCAAGGCUCUUCGACGAGAUUGGCGACGAGAGCAAGCCCGCGUUCGCCAGGUGGACCAAGCUGAUCAACGAGGACGACGACCUGAUACCAGCCAGUGCCGCUGCCAGCCGAGCCAAGCAGACGAAAGCGCGCCUCCACGAUCUCGAGUCGGAGAUGGAGGAGCUCGCCGAUAGACAAGCUAAGAGGGAACGCCGGGCAGCGGCCCUUAGAGCGUUGGUGAACGAAACUGCUACGACGGCUGACGCCGAUGUCGUUCGACAGUCGACCGUCAGUAAGAAGGUGACGAUGCGCAGCGCUGAACGCGCGGAGAAGCACGUCAACUUCUAGACGAAGAGAACCUUACGAUUUACCUUAAUUCUCACGACGGUGUUUUAUAGCAGAUGCGCAAUGUGUGACGGUGUUUUAUAGCAGAUGCGCUGAAGAUUUUAUAGAAAUCGUUUGACGAAAAUUGUUAAUCCCUGAAAAAAGCAGUAAAAAAGAACUUCUAUUUAUUAAAUAUUUUAAUUUUUAAUUAAAAAGCUACUAAGAUUAUGUAAUUUGAUAACGAUUAUAUCAUAAAAUCAGCAUCGUAGUAAUUUUUUUAUUGGAUUCUCUUUCAAUUUCUGAUCGCAGUGCACAGUACGACGAUUGUUGAGUUUCGGUUUGCUGUAAGACACUGUUGUACUUCGACAUAUAAAAUAUUUUUGAUGUGUAAACCAUUACAUCGCAUUUGCGUUCUUGACGGUGUCUGUGCAAUUGCGUUAUCGCUGAUUUAUUCGCGAAAAGAGCGUACGCUAUUUCAUUAAUGUAAUAUUAUUUCAUUGAUGAUAAUGUAUCCCGUCAUUUAUUUAGCGCGUACGUUCAUUUCGCGUAAUUCUAUAAUUAUAAAUAUAUUAAUAUGUUAAUGUGUGAGGUGCAUCUUUCGAGAACAUUUAAUCAAUCAUAUUUAGCUUUAUGAAAUAUUAAGAAUUAAAUUACUUGCAAUUUUUUUAGAAGGUAUUCUUGAUUACAAUCGAAGUUUAUAAAUUCUCUUUUAGUUGUCAUUAUUUUUAUCUCUAAUUGAUUUUGUAAAAGACGUUGGUUGAUUUGAUUGAUCAGUUAUAUUGCUCAAAAUUUAAUGUACUUUCGAACGAUAUUCCUCGCAUCGUGAUACUCUUUCGCUUCUUUGUUCCUCGAGUGCAAAUCGAGAGAACUUAAGUGUUGAUUGUUCCUAACGAACGAUAGUUACAUUUUAGAUGCAUCAGAGAAUAUUUUUAUCAAAAAUUCGUUGCUAGCGCAACUAUGAAAAGAGUCGCACAUUCUGUUAUAUUUUCUUGAAAUUAUUAUUUCCAUUAUUUUCUAUUAUUCGAGAGCAAAUUCUGUAAUGUAAACUCUUCAGCAUACGACUUCACAAGAAAGCACAAAUCCACGAAACUUUUGCCAAAUUUGCUAUGUAUUUCUUUUUCUUAUAUGAAUAAAUCUUAUUUGAAAACUUUUUUCGGAAAGUACUUGUGUAA